AUGAAGAGUCAAAAAACAAGAGAUGCCGGCAAGAAGGAAAGAAAGCUGCCCAUAUUACGGAAUGAUACGACAAUUAUCUGUGUGCAAAUAUGCGACCGUCCUGCGGCCAACUGUCAUUUCCCCCCAGGGACUAAUAUGACCACAGAUCGUAGCCGUGCGAGUGCAAGGAAUUGGUGUCCAGGCAAAGAAAUUCCGCCGCAAGCACACCCAAAUUGCAACACAAACAAUGCGUCGUCUCCCGGCUUUUUCAUCUACACAACUCGACAAAUAAAAACAACAAGGUGUUGUUUGGAGCUUAUUACAACAUUUUUACUCAUCUUUAGAUGA